AUGGGAAGACAAAUUGUUCGUGAAAAAUGGCCCAACGAACCCAAGAAAUGGAGUAGAUUAUGGCUUAAUGAGGAUGCAUUUGAUAUAUUGACAAAGCACGAGUUGUUUGAGAAGAUGAAAAUUAUAAAUCUCAGUCAUUCGCAUUAUCUGAGCCAGACCCCUGACUUUUCAAGACUCCCCAAUCUUGAGCAAUUAAUACUCGAAGAUUGUACAAGUUUGUUUGAGGUUCACCACUCCAUUGGAGAUCUUAGUAAUCUUGUUUUGGUGAAUUUGAAAGAUUGCAAAUGCCUUAAAUGUCUGCCAAGGAGUUUCUAUAAGUUGAAGUCUCUUGAAACUCUUAUUCUUUCUGGGUGUUCUAAAAUUGACAAUUUGGCUGACGACUUGGGGGAGAUUGAAUCCUUGAUAACUCUUUGUGCAGAUAGAACUGCUAUAAGACAAGUGCCUUUUACCAUAGUGCAACUAAAGAACCUCAAAUAUUUAUCUCUAUGUGGGUGUAAAGGAUCACCGUCUAAGUCAUUGCCUUCACUAUUUUGGUCCUGGAUAUCACCAAGGAAAUGCCUCGACUCAAACAAUCUAUUGCCCACUGCACUACAAGGCUUGAACUCACUAACACAUUUAUGUCUCAAGAAGUGCAAUUUAUCAGAUGACACAAUUCCUACAGAUCUUUGGAGUUUAUGUUCUCUUCAAAUUUUAGAUUUAAGAUCCAAUAAUUUCGAAAGCCUACCAUCAAGCCUAAGUGGUCUUUUGAAGCUUGAAAAGCUUAGAUUGGACAGUUGCAGAAAGCUUAAAUCAAUUCCGAAUUUACCACCAAGUUUGAUUUCUCUACGUGCAGAAAACUGCACGGCGCUAGAAAGAAUGCCGAAUCUCUCAAUGCUCUCAAAUAUGCUUGGCUUGUUCCUUACCAACUGCCGUAAAUUAUUUGAAAUUCCAGGUCUGGAAAAGAGGUCAAACCCCAUUAGAUUUGUUGACAUGGGAGGGUGCAGAAAUCUAACAAAUACUUCUAAGCAAAGCUUUCUACAGGAAUGGGCUACGCUUGGAACAUAUAAUGCGUUUGGCAUUUUUCUCCCCGGCAAUCAAAUUCCUGAUUGGUUCACACAUAAGGGUGAGGGACCCUCUAUACGUUUUGAAGUACAUAUUGAUGAUCAGAUGCUGAAAGGGUUUGGUGUAUGUGUUGUCUUUUCAUCACGUGUUCUAGUAUUAUGUUCAUAUAGCGGUAAAAUGUCAAUUAUCAACCAUACCAAAAAUAAUAUUCUGGCCUAUCAAUUGCCAGAAUCAAGUCCUGGCCCAUUCCCCAAGGGAGAUCAUCUAUUGCUACGCAAUUUUCAAAUUACAAAAGAUUUUGAGGAUGGUGAUGAAGUUGAGAUGUUUAUAGAUUGGGGACCUGAUACCAUUGUUAAAAAUAUAGGGGUUUGUCUACUAUAUGAUGGAGUUGGGGUUGCGGAUGGAAAUGAAUCAAAGGGGAUCUCCAAAAAGAGAAAAAGAGGAUCUCCAAAUCAAAUUAAUGAUUCACAAAUUUUACUGAAAAAGCUUGCUGCAGAGGAAAAUGAGUACUAUUUGUUUUAUUCUUUUAUGAGGAGGUACCAGAAGUUUCGUUUUGAAUAG